AUGGUCAUUAUAGGUUCUAUGAGCUCUAAAGUGAAGAUUUUUUCCCCCUUCUUCCAUCCGUUCGCAAGGCUACACCACCAACACAAGCCAUCAACUACAUUGGAAAAGCCUCGGUCUAAGACAGAUCGGGUUUGCAAUUCGCAAUUGUUUGUACUCUCAAAUAAAGAUUCCCCAUUCUUCCAAAAGAUUGUUCUGAGACGCGCAUUGAUGGCAAUUGAAGGUCGUUUGAGCUCUCAAAGACAAAUUUUCCUCUUCUUCAAUGCUCUAGGAAGACUCCUUGUCAGGCUCCGCAAAGUUAAAUAA